CUGUGAUUCGACAAAACUAUGGCGAAGAUAAAUUUUGUUCUGGUCCUAUUUUUCUAUAUUUGUGGCGCCAAAGCUGCACGAGAAAGCUACGUUGCUGCCGUGUUUGAACACGCCCCGUACCUUCUUGAUCCGAAGACCGUCGUCUCGAAGGAGGAGGCCAGGGCAAACAUGCAGAGGAACCUGGAUGUCUAUGAGGAACAAAUCACCAAGGCAAAGAUCCAGGGUUCCGACAUCAUCAUCUUUCCCGAAGACGGUCUCUACGGGUUCGGAUUUACCCGAACGACACUGGAGCCGUACCUGGAGGACAUCCCCAGCCCACAAGACAACUCCUGCCCUUGUUCCGACCCAGGGAACAACCAAACCAUGCCAAUCCAGUACAGGCUCUCCUGUUUGGCCAAAUACAAUGCUCUCUUCGUGGUCGCCAAUGCCGGAGACCUCAAGCCCUGCACCGGAGACCCUAACUGCCCAGCAGACGGACGCUUUCAGUACAAUACGAAUGUCGCUUACGACCCCCGUGGGUGUUUGGUUGCACGCUACCACAAACAGCACCUAUUCUACGAAAUCCAGUUCAACCAGCCAACUCAAGUUGAAUUCUCUUAUUUCGACACGCCUUUUGGGCGCUUUGGCUUCGCCGUCUGUUUCGAUAUUUUAUUCAAGGAGCCUAUAAUUGAUUUGGUGCUGAAAUAUAACGUGACUAACAUCGCUUUCCCGACGGCCUGGAUGGAUGCCUUGCCACUGCUUUCAGCUGUAGGUUUCCACUCUGGAUGGGCAAGAGGAAUGGGCGUGAAUUUCCUCUCCGCAAACAUUCAUCGGCCAAAACAUCGCAUGGCAGGGAGCGGUAUCUACAGCCCGGAAGGUGUCCUCGAGUACACACGCAGUGACGAAAAAAAUGGUGUCCUCCUGGUGUCCAAUGUCUCAGUCGUAGAACAGUCCCAAAACAAACCCGAGAUGAAAUCAAAAGUCAUUAAAGUACCAACUAUAACUAGCGAUGUUUUCCAAUCCGUCCUUUUUGGGGACACUUUUAACUUUGUUUACCUCGAUCCAGACGACAAGAGUGCUGUCGUGUGCCAAGGAUCAUUAUGUUGUGGCGCCUCAUACCGGGCAACUGGUAAAAAGGAAGAAUACGUCAUUGGGGCUCUUGACAGGCUCCACACUCUCGAAGGACAGUAUUACCUUCAAAUAUGCGUUGUCCUGAAAUGCGCCAACGCAUCACGUGACAGCUGUGGAAGUCCCGUGACGUCUUCAUCGUGGCGCUUUUCUGAACUCCACCUUGCGGGCACUUUUAAAACUCCGUACAUCUUUCCUCAGGUUAUAACAGAUGGUAUUCACGUGCCCGCAAAAGAUUCUUGGACUUACGAAGACAAAUCCAUAACUUUUCAGAAUGUUUCUGACCCCGUGCUAUCUGCUUCCUUAUUUGGUAGAUGGUUUGAAAUGGACGAUGGUGAUUUUGAAGCUGUAAGGUCAGCCGGCAACGUAUGUGGAGGCUUUAUGACCACGUGGAUUGUUUUGAUAAUGUCCCGAUUUUUCAUGUGAAUGUUUGAAUGCAAGCGCCAAUGAAAAAGGGAGCCACUGAUGAAUGUUUGCUCGGCCACCUAAAGCAAUUUGGCGUUUUCUCCAUCAUUUAAGUCCAUUAAGUUGCCGUCAACUUAUCAGCCUCCGUAACCUACUGCCUACUGGUGGUGAAGCCUUGUCAUUAUUUCUUUAUGGUAGUAUCACGCAAUAGCGUGAUCGUGUUUGUCUGCCGCGGGCAAAUGGCUAAUCUGUUAUGAAAAAUAGAUGAGAUCUGUGAAUA